UCUCAUGAAUUAACUUAGGCACUUCUGCAUUGAAAUUACAAUGUAAUACAAUUAACAUUCAAUUUCAGAAAUAGUCUACUUCAUAAUUGCCGAUCAGUAUUCACGAAUUGUUCACAUGAAAUCAAUGUAGGAAUUUGAACAAAAGUUUUAAUAAAAAUCAAAGAUCUACUUUAGGACCAAGUAUUUUUUGCACAAGGAUCAACCGAUUUUCCGUCUGUUUUGCCAAGAAUUGUAACUUUUGAGGCACAUUUCUAUUUCGGCAAAUAAAUGACGCGUUCUUUAAACGAUUACUAUUAUUCCAGGCUUCUCGAUUCGUGAUUUGUCGUGAAAAACUGGUUCACGUAGCCAACACACUCGAGGCGCUGUUCCAGGAGACUGCAAUGCAGCAACCCCCUGAUUCGCCCGUUUUUCAGUUUAUGCUGCCCUUUUACCGUCUGGGAUACUACCAGUACGUGUGUAUGGCUAGCACCUCGUUUCUAUACUCGAUCAAACCGCUAAUAGGUCUGACAAUUCGACACGCGAAACGGUCGACACCGUUUCCCUCAAUUUUCCCGUUGCCGAUCGACUCGACCGCGUUUUUCGUGGCCCACUACCUGCUCGAGGUGAGCAUGUGCUACUCAUUUUGUGUCAUUACUUCCGGGGUAGACGCAUUUUUCACUAUGUGCGCGUUCCGCAUGAGCUCCGUGUUCCGAGCGAUGGCAGUCGAGCUGGAGGAGUUAUCGAAACGACGAAACGGCAAACACACCGAACAGGUCUUGCGGAACUGUAUCGACCGUCACGUCACGUUGAUCAAGUGUCGAGAAAUUAUGGAGGAGAUUUACGGGCCUAUCAUUUUCUCUGUCAUGAUGUCCAAUUGUCUGGGCAUGUGCGCGUUGAUAUUCGAGGUCACUAAGGUCAACGCUGCGAUGCCGAUUGACAAAAUCGUGAGAAUAACACUUUACCUUACCGGGAAGGUGCUUCAAACAUUCAUGUACACCUGGCCGGGUGACGUGGUCACUUCCGAGGAAGUUUACUGCAACAACUGGUACGAGGAUACAAGUGCUAAAACCGGUAAACUCGCGCUCACAAUACUGAUGCAGAAAUCGCUGAUCCUGAGGGCAUGCCGUUUAAUGGCGGUUACUGUCGAUCUCUUCGCCAAGUUCUUACAGUUCGAACGUGUGGCAGAUUUCGAUCUUCUGGACAUAGUCAUCUGCAAAGUGGGUCUUACAGACUACAGAACUGGCUUUGCAGUAUCGUUCCAGAUGACACGAUUCAUCGUUCGUCGAGAAAAACUAAGACGAAUAUACGACACGCUGGAGACACUAUAUCAGGAGACAGUGAUAAAGCAACCAUCGGGAUCUGCUGCUUUCGAACAUUUGUUAAUCUGUUACCGAUUAACAUUCUCUCUAUUCGUCCUGAAUUUCUCAGUCAUGUUCCUGCAGGUGACCAAGCCGAUGGUAGUAAUUGUAUUUCGGAACGGGCAUCCUACGUUCGUGGUACCGUCAGCUUACCCGUGGCCGAUCACGUCGACCUUUAGCUACACAAUACAUUACAUGACGGAGGCGAUAAUUGCUUUCUCGUUUCCAUUCAUAAGCUGCGGCGUGGAUGCAUUUUUCACGAUGUGUGCGUUUCGCGUGUGCUCAGUACUCCGAGCGAUGGCUGUCGAACUGGAAGAAUUGGCAAAGCGAUCGAAUGAUAUGGAAACCCAUAGACUACUUUUACGGAAAUGCAUCGACAGGCAUGCUACGUUGAUCAAGUGUCAGGUUGUUAUGCAAGAGGUUUAUGGGCCUGUUGUUCUCUCGUUUACUUUGACGAAUGCUUUGGGCAUGUGCUCUAUGAUAUUCGAGAUUUUCCAGGUUGGGGAAAUACCGAUCGGAAGAAUUAUCAUUGUAGGCAUCCACUUUUUCUCGAAAGUGAUUCAGACGGUGGUUUAUGUCUGGCCCGGAACUAUGAUCACUUAUGAAAACGAAGCUUUUCGUGACGAGAUUUCCUUUAAUAAUUGGUACGAGCGUUCGGAUGCUCGAAAUGGAAAACUUUGUGUCACGAUAUUAUCGCAGAGGCUGAUGGUGCUAAGGGCGUACAACAUACUUGAGGUUACCUUGGACCUCUUCGCAAAGAUUAUGAAUACAACGAUAUCUUACUACUUCUUGUUGGCGACACUUGAGGAGGAUAAAUAACAGACAGAAUAAAAUGACCACAUUUUGUCGAUGAUAUAAAUGAGAAUUAUGAAGAAUACAAUUUGCAAAUAUAUCGUAGUAAAUGGAAGUUAAUCUUUUAUUGUACAGAAAGUAAAUAACAACGGCUUGUUCUGACAG